GUUUGGUCGCUCUCUGCAGAAAAAAGUUAUCACAAAGAUCACCAUCGUCCGCCAAUUGCCUAAAUCAAAAACAACCGCAGUUUAGCGGCUCGUUGGGCGAUCAAAACUUGUUUCACUCUCUUUAUUGCGUUAACUGGUAUCCUUUGGAAAUUUUUAGUUUCAUUUGUCAAUUUGGCAUCUACGCAAAAGACCCCGAAAAAGGAUUCGAACCCGGUUCAGACGGUUUGCUGGGCUAAGCUAAAAAUUAUUUGGGUCGUUAUUUGGCAUCACCCAUCAUUGCCAUCACCCGUGAAUAGCCUCACAUUACGUACUGGUCGAUAGUUGCUUUUUCUGUCCUUUCCUUUCCUUUACUCCGUACCUACUACCCCAUCCCUCUUUCCGGGUCUGCAUCAUUUCUUUGCUACGCGCACCCCCUGCUGUACACUGCAUACUCUCACUAGCACACACCACAACCACACCAACACCAAGACCACCCGAAACCCCUGAUAUUAAGUGUCCACCAUGACGUCCCCCAGCGGCAGCUCGUCGUCGUACAAGCGCCAGUCCUCGUUUCUUUUGCUCCAGGGCGAUGAUCACCCGUUCCCCGUAGCACCAAAGGGAAACAGUGCCCUUGCCAGCCUUAUCCGAUCGCGUGGCUCCUUCACCUCCUCCACUCAUCCCGCCGGCCCUCACGACGAGGAGUCCGGUGGCUACGCCGAUGAUGUGGAUGCCGAUGAGCACAACCGGGCCCGCGAUCAUGAGCGCCGUCUCAGUGCCAUCCUUAACGGUCCGCACAUGCGCUCCAUGCGCCUGAUAGGCAAGAACAACCCCCGUUACCAAUGGGAAAAGUACUGGAAAACCGACGAGGAGCUUCGCAAGAUGAAGAAGCCCAUCCGGGAGUACUACGAGCGCACCAACUAUCUCAUUCAACAGUAUCUUUAUAUUGACAGGCUGCUGGAUUCCAGCCUGCCUCACGACCUGUUGAAUGAGUAUAAUUAUAUGCCCGCUUCGGCCUUCAGGGGCGUGGAGAUCCCCGAGACCAUCUCGGAGGAGCAUCAAAGCAACGGUACCCCCAGCACGGAGUCACUGAGGGGCACCUCACCCGGCGGGACGAGCGGCACCGGUACACCGGCUGCCAAUCGCAAGGUUAAGCGGACCCCGCAGGACAUUUACCGGCAUACCGAGACUACGCCUUUGCUGAUGUUGCCUGAGGAUGACGACGGGACCGACGAGGUGCACGACCCGGAUGAGGAGACGCCCCUGGUUCAAAAGCAUGACAUCCCAUGGAUCGAGGAUGACAAUGUCGACAGCACUGCGCCCAUCGUGACCCUGGCUAUCUACAUCAACUUUGCCGCCAACGCCAUCCUCCUUGCCGGAAAGAUUGCCGUCAUCAUCACGGUCCCAUCCGUGUCGGUGCUGGCCAGUUUGGUCGACGCCGCCCUCGACUUCCUGAGCACGGCAAUCGUUUGGGUCACCACCUGGACCAUUACCCAGCAGGACCAGUACCGGUACCCCGUUGGACGCAGGAGACUGGAGCCUAUCGGAGUCCUUGUCUUCUCCAUCAUCAUGUGUACGGCGUUUUGCCAGGUUGCACUCGAGGCCAUUACGCGUUUGAUGAGCGGGGACCACGAAGUAAUCAACCUCGGAAUCCCGGCCAUCGCCAUCAUGUUCUCCACCAUUGUCAUCAAGGGCAUGUGCUGGUUGUGGUGCCGUCUCGUCAAGAACUCGAGCGUACAGGCCUUAGCCGCCGAUGCACUUACGGACGUAAUAUUCAACGCAGGCUCCAUUGCAUUCCCGAUUGCCGGUUCUUUCUUGAAGAUCUGGUGGCUGGACGCCCUCGGCGGUCUCCUCCUGUCCCUGGUCGUCAUCAUCAACUGGUCCAGCAACGCGGGCGAGCACAUCAAGAACCUGGCUGGCUUCUCGGCCACGGCCGACCAGCGAAACAUCUUGCUUUACCUGACCAUGCGUUUCGCCAAGACCAUCAAGCAGAUCCAAGGCUUGCAGGCCUACCACUCGGGCGAUAAGCUCACUGUGGAGGUUGACAUUGUGCUGGACGCAAGCACCAGCCUCAAGGACAGCCAUGAUCUAGCGGAGAGUCUGCAAUAUGUCAUUGAAUCCGUCCCCAUCGUCGACAGGGCAUUUGUGCACACUGAUUAUGCCACGUAUAACCUGCCCACGCACAUGCAGCAACAGAGCUGAAAAAAAAAAAAUUGUGCCAAAAAAGGGAAAAGUUCAAAAGAAGAAAAAGAGGCGAGAGAAAACAAAAAAAAAGAAAGCCGAGGCAAGAUGCAGCAAGCGAUCGAGAGAAAAAAAUCAAACUAACGUUGCAGCCAGAGAGUUAACAGAGCACUUGAAGCGGAUAGACCAUUAUGCGGUUACCUGAUAUUGCAUACCAAUUUUUGCAAGGGAAAUGGAAAUGGAAGCAACACAAAACUCAGACCUUGAAGCGAACCGGGAAAUUUACUGCUUUGCAUGCACCCUUGCGAGCCCGGCCUGACCUGCCAUUGCCCUGCUCAUUUUUGCGUAUCGGGCCCCUGGUAAUUCUCGAGAUUUGAACAAGAGAAAGAAAAAAAGGCGGGGUGUUUGUGUUGUUGAACUGGGGUUGGUUGGUAUUGCAUGUUAAAGAGGCUAUUGAAAAUCUUGUGUACAUCGUCUGCCGACUUGCAGCAGCAGCAUCAUUGUGACCAUCAUGUUAUGAUCAUGGUCAUGGUCAUUGGCACCUUAUCCUUGUAUAUAGUACAUUCUCCUUUCUGUAUUAACAAAGCUGAUUUUUUUUUUUUUUUGUU